AUGGCUGUAUUGGCCUCCGCCGUCAUGAAGUACGGCGAGCAGCUCGAGCGCGAGUCGGCGCCUCAAUGGAGUUUUCACAAUCUGGACUACAACUCUCUCAAGCACGAGAUCAAGAUGCACACCACGCGCGAUCAAGCGACUGCCAUGGCUAUUCCCGGCUAUGAGGAUCCUGCCCUCGCCAAGUUUGAGAAUGCCCUCUUUGCCGAGCUCUGCCGCCAGCACGACCGCGUCGACCUCUUUGUGAGCAGCAAGGCCGAUGAAGUUCUUCGUCGAAUGGACCACCAACAGACCAACAUCAACCGAUGGAUCCAAAAAUACGACCAAGAAGAGUCCUCCCCAAACCUCGCCCUCAAGCGCCAGCGACGCUUCGCCAAGUACGAACGCGAACUCCUCCACUGCGGCGACGACAUUUACGCCCUCGAGCGUUUUUCCAAGGCUCAAGUCACAGCCUUUCGCAAGAUUCUCAAAAAAUACAAGAAAUGGACCGGGUCAACCUCGCUCCACGCUCGCUUCAACGAACAGGUCCUCGGUAGUUUGAAGAGUUUCACCCGCCGCGACUUUGCCCCCCUCCGCCAGCGCCACUCCGACAUUCUCGCCGGCCUCCGCCACGCCGCGCCGACCGUUAGCGAGCCAAGCUCCCCGUCCUCGGUCGAGCUGCCCCCGUCCCCCGCCAGCACUGCCCGCCGCGUCACCUUUAAUCCCCUUCCGCCAGCCGCCACCGAACCUCCUCAACAUAAAUACUGGAACGAGUACGAUGACGGGAGCGACGCCGGCGAUGACAGCUACGCCAUCUACAUCAACCCCGACGACGACGCGUCCUUUCCCGGCCUGGGCUACGUCAACGCCAUCGUCACCAUGCCUUAUGAGAAGAUUCGCGGCUGGUUCAAGCUCCGCGACCAGCGCGAGCGCCUGUCCCUGCUAGGCGAUACCCCCUGCUCCGCCAACGGCUACGUGUCGACUACGCACACCGACUCGGACGAGGAGGCGGGCUACUCGAGCUCCGACGGCAUUCCCACCGAGGGCUAUGCCAUGCACUACGCCACGUUUCCCAGCAUCAACGAGCAGCAUAUUCGUCGCUAUCGCGAGCGCGUCCUCUUUUGGGGCACCAUUGCCUCGUUUGCCGCCGCCUACAUCCUCAUGGGCGUAGCCGGCAUCCUCAUCUCGGCCGGCAAGCGCAAGCUGCGCGUCGAGGUCGACGUCGGAGUGACGGUGGGCGUCAUGGUCAGUCUGUGCUGCUCCUGCGCCGGCCUCGGCAUGACGCUCUACCGCCAGGACCCGCUGUCCGUCGCCAACCGCCUGGCGGUCUGGCUGUCGUUUACCGUGUCGUGUCUGAUUAACGGCAUGCUCCUGAUCCUUGUCGUCGGCAACACGCCGUGA